AAUCAAGGUGUGGGUAUAACACACUAAAAGGUAAUCCAAGGUGUUAAUGAAGAAAGAUAACAGGGGAUAGUGGAGGAGCCAGCCAUGUUGUGCAGUACAAAUCAACUCAGUGUAAAAACGCCUCUUGCUCUAGCUUCUUUAUCUUUUCGUCUGUUAGAUUGACAUUUGCCAGAGCCAAGGUGUUUGAUUGUCAUUCAAUUUUGCGUCUCCUUUUUCCUUUGAUUACAUCAUAAAUUAUUAACUUAUUCAAGGAUUAUUAUACUUUAAUUAUCUCAUUAUCUUGAAUCCUUAAUCAAUCAGUUAUUUUACCCUUCACCCAUUGACAAACAAAUAAAGUGAAUGCAGUUAAACAAAAGGGAAACAUGUCUUAAUGCUUAAAAGCGUAUUGUUGCUUCUGAAAAUGACCAGCCAGCCAUCAUUAUAAAAACCCUCUAUUUCAAUAACGUGCUUGUCUUUCAGAUGUCGUAGACAUUGUAGUCCAGUGUGAAACAGGCCCUCAGGCUGUGUAAUGAGUUGGCAUUAUUCAUGUGCUCUACUAUUUGCUGGCACAGUCUUAUGCAUCGUCUUUGUGACAAAGACAAUUUUGCAUGAAUCAGAAUUAGAGGUCCUUGUCAUGGCUUUGAUGUGAUAUAUUUUAUUUACUUUAAAAUAUAUCACAAAUAAGAAUACCAUACUUCAUUUCUUCCUUCCAUACAAAAAAAAAAUCAUAUUUACAUAGCUGUAGGCCUAUGUGUUAAUUUGGUGAAGGCCUAAUAUUCCUUCUUCAGUGGUUAUGUUGUUAUGUAUCCUCCUAAAAUAUGUUGCAAGGGCCAGUUCUUUUCUUUUGAUAUAUCAGGGAAGAACGUUCCUCAUUCUGACGACUCACUCUCUCAUUUUGUUUUUAUUAAAUAUUAACGAAUGGCUAUAAAGCACAUCUCUUGAACGUCCCUCCUCCUGUACCACUACGCAGGGUGCGUGAAAACACACCGCUCAGGUCAAGCUUCCCGUGUUUAUCAGUCUUAUAUCGGAAAUUGUUGUUAUCCAAUUUUCAAAAUUGAAGCAGCAGACCUCAUUGAGUGGCUAGAAAUAUGCGGUUUGAAAGGAAUUUUCCAGCAUACAAAAGCUAUAAACUACUUCGUUUUCAAUUGGAUUUGUUUUCUUUUGUGUAUUUUUUAAAUAUCCUAUUCCAUUGUGGAUUUAAGGUCGCAGAUUAAGCCGGAAGUUCUUUCAUUUUCUGUCUGACUUGACUUUCAUUUCCCUGCUCUGCUCAUGUUUUGUGUCUCCGGGAUGCUGAGCAGGCGGGCGGGGCCGCUUUCCCUUGCAGUGCCCUGGCGUGGAGUGAUGUAGCAGGACGCACGGGACAGAGCGGACACAGAGGCAAGACGUGCAGAAAACAUCAACACACGCAUUGGAGUCAUCCGUGCGGCCAGAUACACGGACAUCUUGUUUCUCUCACGUCAGGAUAUCGGAGUGUAGAGCAAUAUUUUUGCUUCAUCUCGGAUCCGGUGCUCAUCUUCUUCCAGUGGGACUGUGUGACCCUCAGCAUGGCGUGGCCCUGUAUCAGCAGGGCGUGCUGCAUGUCCCGCUUCUGGAACCAGCUGGACAAGGCUGACAUUGCGGUGCCUUUGGUCUUCACCAAGUACACGGACGUCUCUGAGAUGCAGCACAUCCAGCUGCAGCCUCCGCUCCACCCUCCGCAGGCCCGGGUCGCCAUAGAAACGCAGCCGUCUCGCGCAGAGACCAGCGCCAACACAGCACGCGCGCCGCGAAGGUGCGUCUCCGAGGAGCGCGUGUGCAGCUCGGUGAUGCGCGAGGACUUUAAGCACUGGAAAGUGCGACCCGAGCCGAGCUGUAAACCCAAGAACGAGUACCACGGACCGGAAACACCGUUCAAUAGUGAGACCCAGUACCAGAAGGACUUCAAGCCCUGGCCCAUUCCGAAACGGUACGACCAUCCCUGGAUACCCAAACCGACCCCAAACACCUCCACCGGCGACGACCGGGCACCGGACAGGUCCAAGCACGCCAAACAGCAUGUGGCGGAAACGGAGAGCGGCGUGGAGAAGAGCGCCAUCGCCGACAAGGUGCAGGAGAAAGACCUCCUUCAGACUCAAGAGAGAAAAAAGCGGUCCAGUAAAGCAGCGGAGGGGGAGAAGAAAGUUGCCCUGAAGGUGGAGGGAGAGGCCAAAGGCAGGGCAGCAGCGGAUGCUGUGAACAGACAGAUCAAACAGGAGAUUUCAGCCGGCAGCUCAUACAAAACUGAAUUCAAGGCUUACAGAGAUGUGAAGCCGGCAAAGAUGAUCCGUGCCAAGUCCCAGUACCUGCCACCGGAUGAGAAGACCAGCCUAGAGACCAGCUACAGUGCUACCUUCAAGGGGCAAGCCCCGCUGCAGCCCACUAACAACAAGGCCUUGGAGAGGAGGAGGAUACGCAGUUUGUACAGCGAGCCUUACAUAGACCCCUCCAAACAGGUUGACAGGUAUAGUGCCCCUCGCUCUAAACCCAAAAAGGCUGGAGCCACAGCUGCAGGCCAGGGCAAGCCAGGGAAGAAAGCCAAAGAUAAGCAGAGCGCCGCGCUGAAGGGCUCCAAGAAGACGACCUCGGAGAACCAGCCUGAGAACCGGCCGGCGGUGGGGGACAAGGAGAAAAGUAAAGAGAUGAACAACAAACUGGCUGAGGCAAAAGAGUAAAAAUCAUUAAGCACUACUUCUCCUUUUAUUUCUUAUUUUGGGGGAAAACAAACACAGAGGCUGCAAAAUUAAUUACAAGUUCUCAUCUUUUCUCUUCUUGUCUUCUGUUUUCCUCCUCUGUCUCUGUGUCCUCCUCUAGUCUCUCUCACCUUUUUCUUUCUUCUUUGCUCUAUCUCUUAGUAUCCACUCAUUCUUCUCUGUCGUCUUUCACUACCUCUUGGCUACGUUUGUACCACAAUAAUAGAAUAAGAUGUCGGGGUUUAGACAUGACAUGUCAUUGCUCCUCCCACCUCACGUUAUACUAGGCCGCUGUAGUAACGAGUGGGCGUGAGCAUCCUCUUCCUCCGCCAUUUGAUGCCACCCACCACCCCCACUCUACUCGCCUCCAUCUCCAGGUUGCUAUGGCUACUGGCUGCCUGGCUAGCCAAUGGAUGGCUCUUGUUGCAUGGGCCCAAAGACAAGCAAUUCUGAAGGGUUGGCUUUGAUCAACUGAGCAGAUUGCUUUGUUGAGUUUAUCAAGGAUUUUUUUUCUUCUUCUUUUUGUUUUUUUUUUUGAAGAAAAGAUAAUCAAAUUGGCACUUUGGAUAUGGUUUCUGCACUUGCUAAAUUAACAGCAAAAGAUAGUCAUCUGAAAAUCUUUGAUAAAUGUCGCGCUUGGUUUGUCAUGAAUGUCUGAUACACUGCUUGUUUUGUACCUGCUCUGUCAUCUUUGCUUCUGUUUCUCUGUUCAUGGUAGAGCUAACAAGGCUCACAGUCUGUGUGUUAUCAGCUGGGCAAUAUCAUAACGCUUUGUUAAAUGUGAUUUUGUUAUCCAAUGUCUCAUUUUUAACUAAACUCUGUUGUUGGCUACAUAAAAUUGUUUUAAUUCAUCAUGAAGAAAACGACCCUGUUGUCCCAUUCAGCAUUUCCUCCGUUCAUGUUCAAACUCAUUAAUUUUCUCGUAUUUUAGUUCUCUCAAGGCUAUUUUGUAACACCCAAUUUGUUGCCAACGAACCAUCUGGGUCACACUAAACUGAUUAUGCAUUAAACACCACUUAUUUGCAUAGCAGAUGAGUAUUCCAUCUGAGUUAAAUAAUGCUUUCGUGCAGUCUUGAUGACAUUUACUAUUAGAGUAACAACAUUUCUCAGAAUCAGAGAUAGAAGAGUUCAGUGGAGAUGGAAAAUGUUGCGUUUAGUGGUCCAGUUUGUAUUUUGUCUGGCAAGCACACAGCAUGCUGAGCUGUCAAUCUCAAUGGCCAGAACUCAGUCUAAUCACUACCAACGCAGCCUUUAUUAACAAGACUGAUCCCUCUGUAAAGCUUCACAGCCGUUACGCAAAUGUGGUUGCAUGCGCUCAAACGCACACCUCCUUUUGCUUUUUUGUAAUUGCACUGCCGAGGGGGACCAUAGCCAAUGUGAUUAGACUGUCAUGGGAUGAUAGCAAACAGCUGAUACUGCUGCUUAAUAGCACUUUUCAUCACCUUUAAAGAGGGAGCUGUAAGGAUGAAGCACAGAUUCACACUGCAAAUAAAUCAUGAACAGUUCACUGCCAUUUGCUCACAAAUAUAAGAAGUUUUGAGGUUGAAAAAAAGUUUUGAUCUCAUUUUCUUUAUAAAUAAUAAGCUACAGUAUAUCUGCCAAUACCUCUCUUAUUCUAAUAUACCACAAUAAGGGGUGUGUAACUCCUCUGUUCAUCACUUUCUGUUUCUGAGUCCAUGUACUUGUUUUGCGCAAAUUUCCAGGUCAUCUUUGUAGGAUUAGGUGUGUAUGACAGUAUGUUGGUAUGAUAAGUUUAUUUUAAAAAUGCUGAUUGAACACUGGAUUUACUUUUGCUUUGUCUGGCAAGUUCAACAUGGUGGUGCCAUGUUUGCGUGUCUAGCAAAGCAUACCAAAACAAGCUGUAAUUCUGGUUUAAUUCUGGUUUAAUCCAAAUUUCCUCAGCGAGAUGUGUUGAAGAAAAAGGGAACAUGAAGUAAGUUGUAUUGUCACUGUUUAUCUGUUCAAACUAAUUAUAACCUCCCUUGUAUAUAUAGCUUAUAUUUGUCUAUAUAUAUAUAUAUAUAAUAGCAGGGCUUCAUGUUGGCUGAGUCCUAGAGCCAUGUCCCACUCUAUGCUUGUUCCAAAGCAUCUGGCUGCUUUCUUAGCAUAUAUAUAUAUAGAGGCACCUUUUUUUUUUUACAGGCCUUUGGAUAAGAAGAGCACUGUACAGUCUUGUCAUGGGUCAACCCAUCACUGUGCUCCACCCACACACACCUCACUGUUCUCAUUAGUUCUGCUGCUCAGCAUCCUUCCGUCCAUUCUGAUUGGAAGGCUGUAUGUUUCUAUUCUCUGUGGCAACCAUCUCCACCACCACCAUGUCUAUCCAAGCUGAGCGGUGCCCAAUCAGGGAUGGGCCCAACGCAUUAGCAUUUUGCAGCCUUUAAUUGGGGGAUGCUUUGUCAUGUAACACAAGGGAGGGGGCAUAUAGGAGCAGUAAAUGUAAACAGUGCUUAGCACGCCACACACCCGGUGCUAUCUUUGUGAUUAUUAGGCAAAUAAGGAUAGAAAGUAUGGUAAAGAAAAUUAUGUUUUGGGGGAAAAAAAAUUGACUGUGACGUGCUUGUGUUUCUAUCUGCUUGCUCGUAUUUAAUGAAAC